GCCUUCGAGAAGCAGGGCUCGGCCAAGCUGGAGAAAGCCGAGAUUCUGCAGAUGACCGUGGACCACCUCAAAAUGCUGCACACGGCAGGAGGGAAAGGUUAUUUUGAUGCCCACGCUUUGGCAAUGGACUAUCGGAGUCUAGGGUUUCGAGAGUGCCUGGCCGAAGUGGCUCGAUACCUUAGCAUCAUUGAGGGUCUGGACGCCUCCGACCCUCUGCGCGUGCGGCUCGUGUCUCACCUCAAUAACUACGCCUCUCAGCGGGAAGCAGCGAGCAGCGUGCACGCGGGCAUCGGACACAUCCCUUGGGGCAGUGCCUUUGGACAUCACUCCCACCUCUCCCACCCGCUGCUGCUGCCCCAGGGCGGGCACGGCACCACCGGUAGCACCGCGUCGCCCGCAGAGCCCCAUGCCCAGGGCAGGAUCGCUGCGCCGCACGCUGAAACUUCCUCCCUCAGAGUGCCCCCAAACGGCAGCGUCGGACCGGUGCUCCCCGUGGUCACGGCUGCUUCCAAACUGUCUCCUCCCCUGCUCUCCUCCAUGGCAUCCCUGUCUGCGUUCCCCUUCUCCUUCGGCUCCUUCCAUCUGCUGGCCCCGAACGUGCUGAGCCCGUCGGCGCCAGCGCAGCCAGCGAACCUCAGCAAACCGUACAGACCGUGGGGGACUGAGAUUGGAGCCUUCUGAGGACGGGCUGCCUAGCGAGGGUGGGGAAGCCCGCACACCUAGCUGAGCUGGGUUAUGCCACGCUUAAAACUGAAAUUCUUGAUAGACUGGGACAAAGGUACAGUUUUACCUUAACAACGUUUGUC